AUGGUCCAACCUUAUUGCUAUGCACAGAAGAUGUAUUUCCUUUGCCAAUUGCCAAACCUGGUAACAAAUCUGUGUAUCUGUAUUAGAAGAUUAAAGAGAAGGCAAAACACAAAGAAGGAAAUGAGAAGAAGGGAAGAACACAGGGGUUAUAAUAUUGGAAUUCGACUGAUUGAUGAGUUUCUAGCAAAAUCUAAUGUCUCUAGAUGCAUUGACUUUAAAGAGACAGCUGAAACAAUUGCAAAGGUUGGCAGUAUUUUAUAUUUCAUUAAGAAGCAAAGACCUGUGGAAUUUUUUUUUUCAUGGGGCAAUGAGGGAAUUAGAUUUAAGAAUUCAUCUGAUAUAGUGUUUCAUAUCAUAACAAUGGCCAGGCUCGCAACCUUAGCAACUCUUUUUGCAGCCCUUUUGUUGGUGGCGCAUGCUGCUGCUGCCUUCCACACCACCGUAACAACUGUAGACGUCGACGAUAACAUUGAGAAUCAGCAGAGGCGAGGCGAGAGCUGCCGCGAGCAGGUUCAGCGUCAGCAGAACCUCAACCACUGCCAGCGAUAUAUGAGGCAGCAAUGCGAGUCCGGGAGUUUCGAGGACGGCAACCAGCAGCAGCAUUUACAGCAGUGCUGCCAACAGUUGAGGAGGAUGGACGAGCAGUGCCGAUGUGAGGGGUUGAGGCAGGUGGUAAGGCAACAGCAGGGUGAGCUCCGGGGUGAGGAAAUGCGGGAGAUGAUGGAGUGUGCGAGGCACAUGCCAAAUCAAUGCCACCUCAGCCCCCAGCGUUGUGAGAUUCGCUCCGCCUGGUUCUAG